AUGACGGACAAAGAUGAGGAUGUCUCCGACGAAGAAUUAGAACGAAGAAAAAUUAUCUCCGCCAAGCGAAGGUGGGAAAUGCGCCAGGAGGCCCGCUUGGGUCUUCCAUUUGCCAUCAGAUUACCGUUGGCAGCAACACUCGGCGCUCUCGUUGGGGCCUCAUUAGGACUCGGUCAUGGAGCAACUGUGACCGGACUACGCUUUCGAGCUGAGAAUGCGCAUCGUUUGCCAACGUCUCCUACUGGCUGGUAUCUCUACCACAAGAGCAAGAACUAUGUUACAGCUCUCGGAGGCAUCAAAGAAGGUGGAAAGAUGGGACUCCGUGUUGGAAUGUGGACAGCCGCCUUCUUCACGAUUGAAAAUAUUUUCGACCAUUGGCGCAAUGAGAAAGACUUUCUUAACACCACAGGAGGUGGACUUGCAGUUGCAGGAGGGUUCAGCUGGUGGAAUUCAUUACCAAGGCAGACUGCGGCUAGAACCGCCCGUAUAGCUUUAUUUUCUGGUCUUGCCUACGGUCUUGCUCAAGAUGCUCUUCGGUAUGCGAAAGGAAGGAGGCUAGGAUACGUCGAUUUUAUAUACAGAAGAGCGAAAGGGAUGUCUCAAUGA